GUUCCCAGCCAUCUGGAGACGGUUGUAGUCCGACAGAUCGACUCUUAAUUAUAAGUGGACGCCUGUUGCACACGUUGCUGUUCAAAUGCAUCGGCUCACGACUUGGGAGUAUGACACUGUUAUUACUAAUGAUAAAGUCUAGUUUAUGUAUAGCCGACAGCGUAACGAAAUCUUUACUGUAAUUUUCUAUGGUAUUAAUUGUAUUCAGACCGCGUUGUCCACAAAGGCCGUUGUCAGUGUAAGGGUGUGUACCUAUAAUACGCCUACCACGCACACACAGGCCACUCGGGUAUAGUCGAGAGAACUCGGGCCGAUCCCUGAUAAAAACAACGCCAGGUAUCGUGAAUUUACCAUUAACGAAAGGGAUACUUAGGACACCUUAAUAUUUUUGUGAAAUUUCAAGGUUCAUCAUGACUAACCGGAAUUAUUACGGAAUCCAUGGAACAAUGAUUUCCAGUCUGAAACGUGUCCUUACACAGCUUUUGUGCCCAGACCAAGCUCGAAUUUAUCGGUGAUCUGUAUUAUAACGAUUUGUCCGGAGUGGAGCAAAGUGUUAACUUUAUUGGAAACGUGUAUCGAUUAAAAACUCAACAUGGCCGACUUGAUUCAUAUGAUAAAGAACGGUGGUGUGAUGGUGUUUUCCAAUUUACAAAGGAAGGCACGCUCUCGGCAGCUACUUGCAAUAGUGUGUAUUGUGAGUUUUAUAAUUUUCUUUAUUCACGGACCAAAUAUUUUUCAUGUAAAAUAUAGAAAUUCUGUGGUGUACAAUCAUACCGAGGCCUAUAAGUAUCGUCACGAGCAGUGUUACAACUGUAACCCACAUGAUUUCAAACUUCUCAUCAACAGUGACAAGAUCUGUGAAGUAAGUUCUUCUUCACCGGAAGUUAACAUAUUGGUACUCAUUUCCAGUAUCCACAAAAACAGAGAACGAAGAGAUAUGUAUCGAAAAACAUGGCUGACAUAUACAAAAAACAACACGGCAGACAUCAGGUACGCCUUCAUAUUCGGCGAUAUCAAUGAUACAGACGCAAAUGCAGCAUUAUUAGAGGAGAGUAAACUCUAUAACGAUAUUCUACAAGAAGAUUUUCAUGAUUCAUAUACUAAUUUGUCAAUCAAAACAAUGAUGGCCUUUAAAUGGGCAUCUACACAUUGUGCGCACGCGCAAUAUUUGAUGAAGACCGAUGACGACAUGUACGUCAAUAUACCCGGUGUUAGGAAAGCUAUUAGAGAUAAUUCCCAACAACUUCAAACAUCCAUCGGAGGCAAGUGUUUUCCUGAAGCAGAUCCUGUACGGGACAAAACAUCUAAGUGGUACGUGUCCUACCAGUAUUAUCCUAAAAAAUAUUACCCAGGAUACUGUUCCGGAACAGGCUACGUCACAAGUAUGAGAAUGUUGAAAGACGUAUAUAAAGUCUCCAAACAUGUUCCAUUUUUCUAUCUGGAGGAUGUGUUUGUUUCAUUAUGUGUUGAAAGAAUCGGUAAAAGUCUUCACUUCAUUGAAGGAUUCAACAGUGGGAUCGUUUCUCCUAUCAAUAGUAAAGUAUACAAAAGUGAAACUAUGCGUACCUCGCAUCGUGUAUCACCGAAACUACUUCUUAAACUCUGGAAUAACGAGUGUUACGGUGAACAAGUACUAUCAGGAUUUGAAGAAGGUGCAGAGAAGAAUUGGGAAGAUUGUUAACAAUAUGUCUCAAUUUCUCAAAUAUUCAAAACAUUUCCUAAUCUUUGUUUAUAUAAAAGGCAUAGCUUAGCCCGUAAGAAGUUUUCUAUACUUUUAUAAUGUUUUAUAUUGAAAAGCUUUAAUAGAUAAAUGUUUAAGCCUCGCAUUGAAUCCGUAGUAUUUCUCACACGUCCUGUUCUAGAGGAUACCCCGAUUAAUAAAGUAUUUAUACGAUAUAAUGUUUUUCAUUCAAAAUUAUGAACGGUGCCUAAUUUUCUGUAUACUUUUCAAAAUGUGUAAUUUUACUCUAUCCCCGAAGCUUUUCUUUUUUUCUGACGCGAAAAUAUAACACAUUUAAAGCAGUAUCUUCGUAAGCGAUAAUCUUAUUUUAGCGAAAAUUUUAGUUUAGCAUUGUUUUAUGCAGGCCGCAUUGGCUUAAUCAUGAUUGCGCUUAAUACAUUGUAUACACUACACUGUAUUUAGAUACAAAAUAAUGUGAAUGAGCAUCACGUUAAUCUGUUAAAAUAGGUUCAUUCAAAAAUUCGAAAAAUUUUGUUCGCCAAUACGAGUAAGUUUACGGUAUUGCGUCCUCUCCUACAGAAAAUAUUACGUUUGGGAAGGUUUAGAUAUUUUAAAGAUUGUUCUACAAGUCGUCAUCUACGAUACACUAUAAGCAGAUUGUUCAUUUACCUUAACUAACAUAUGAUAACUAAAUAAAAGUAAAAUUAAAUCGCCAGUUACAACCCGGAUUAAUGUUUUUAUUGAGUACGGAUUGUUUUUCAGAAUUCUCUGAAGUCACGAGACGAUUUAUUUUUACAUAUGUAGAUUUGCACAAACAAAUAUACAAUCAAAUAGAUCUUUCCCAUCCGCCAAACAAGCUGAAAUCCUGGGUAGAACAAUUGAUCUGACUGUCCUCGACUAGAUUACAAUUGGCCUGUUAGAGCAUAUCGUUACAAACAAAGGGUUGUUAUUUGGAAACGUUAAUACACUGAGCUUAUCAAUAAUGUACGCUGACUGUUCAAACGGUCCAUUGUUUGUUGUACAUUCCGCGGUAACAUUUCAGCUCAAUUGUUAAAACAAUUAUAUAAUAGUCUACAAUAGGUUGAUCCAGUACUCGGAGAUCAGCCUAUUGAUAGGGUUGAAUGUUGAAGUCUGGGAUAUGAAUGAACUGUUAGAGAGUGUACAGCUUCGUCCAGAAGUGAGGUAUUCCUUAGGAUAUACCUAUCAUACGCAGAUAUCAACAGACCUUUCUUUUUCGCAAAUCUCUAACCGAGUUUGAGGGAGAGUGAUACAAUAAUAUCAAAGGCAUAGGAGCUAUGAGACUUCCUCAGAAAAAGCAACAACAAAAACACACACAAAAACAACUAUAUAAUGUGUGAAUGAGAAAACGUAUAAACUUCCGUCUACCUUAAAAAUCACGCGUGAAAUGAGUUUAGUACUAAACAUGUUAAAAUAAGCAGGUCAUUAUUAUCUGUACGAUACUAAUUAGGUAAAUCAAUCGUCAAUGUUUCCUUAAUCACAAUCAUCAUAGGGAAAAAAUAAUGUGAGGUAUAUCUUAAAUUUAUUUAAAAUGGGUUUUGUUUUCCUGAUUACAUAUCUUUUUAAGUGGAUAUCGUAGAUCCUCUGGCUUAAAGGUAGUAGUAUUUGUAUAAAUAUUUCCCUCACAAGAGAGCUCUCACUCCCUAAAUAUCCAAACAUAACAGUCGGUAUUUAUGCAUUGAUUAAAUCGUUCAAUUCCAUCCAAUCUUGAUAUGUUUAUCAUAUAUCACCGUCCGUCCAUCCAUCGAUCCCUCCAUCCAUCCAUUGUAUCGGUAAACAAUGUACUUGUUCAUUACUCUAGCUUAACUACUGGUUCGUCCAUUGUCAGUACAAUGGGGACCGAUUGAGGUGUCCUGCUGGGUGUCUUCGUAAGCAUGCUUCAAUUAGGUAGCACUAUAAAGUCGCCAUUAGUUCCACAUCUCUCGCGCUGGGAAACCGCCCUCAAAUGACCUGUUGGUAUUGUUUUAGAUAAAACAAAACAAAACCAAAUUGCCAGGACUUUCAUUUCCUUCAAUCGUUCACAUCCAUUACUCUCCAAAUACAAAAUUGUCCAUCGUCUUUCUACAGAACAGAAAGAUAUUCAAUAAAACAGACAUAGGAGGUAUCCUUUCAAUAUACAACUUUAAUCUAGGAUUCAAUUAAUGAAUUAGACAACAUCAUAGUCAUUUGUGAUAAAAAGGACCCAGUGUGUGAUCCCAGAAGGAGACGAAUAAUGGAUACACUUCAUAUUGGAUCCAUUUUUGAGAUGUUGUAACCUCAAACUUAUACAAUACUUAAAUUUUACAAUACUUAAACUAAACAACACUUAAACUUAUACAGUAUCUAAACUGAUACAAUGCUUGGAAAAUGCGGGGAGGAAAUAUACAACUAUCCAAUGAUAUGACUGGAAAAAGAUGCUAUAUUUCUGACCAAGAGCCAUCGUGCAAUUAUGAUCGAUAGAAAACACGAAAUCACCUUUUGUAUAGUUUGAUACAAAAUGUUAAUACUCCGCUUUUUCCACCUUCCAAAAAAAGAGCUUAUCAAUCUAAUUUGGAAAUAUAAUUGUAAUCCGACGAAAUUCUAUCGUCUUCGCCUCUAUCUUUUUUAUUAACUUUCGUCCUGAUAGUUCCCAUUUACUGGUGCUAAUUAGACAUAUUUAUAUACAGAGGGUGCCAUGUUUUGUGAUAGGCAGACUAUAUAUUUCUAUGGUGUGGCGUUCAUGCCAAACUUGUGCAAUAAUAUCUUUAACGCUCAUGAGGUUUUCUCUGUUGCAGGACUAUAAAUCGGCAAAAGUUCCGGCCUAUCACAAGGAGACUUAACACGAACAUACCGCAGCCUCCCAAAACACACAUACGCACUCACCACACGCAUGCAUAUCGCACGCACGGGAGGCCGUCCUUAAAUGGCCUUGGCUGUUAAUAGGACGUUAAAUAAAAUAAACCAAACCAAACCAUCUGUGUUGCAGGAAGCAAACUGCCUCCAUUGAAAUCAAAACAAUGAAGAUGUGAUUAUUCUAUCCUAAUGCCACGUCCUUACGUCACAGUGACGUCAUUAUAAUAUUCGUCACAUGAUCAUUUUCUUUUCAACUUUACUCUAUUAACAGCUACUGUAACUUAAACACUAUUAAAUAACAUCGAGAAUAAGUAGUGACCAUAGAUUAGCAUUAGAAUUGGAAUUUACUAGGAAUGAAUCAAAAUUCUACAAAUGAUGGACACAAGCAAAAAAGUUGUAAACGUUUGUAAGAAAGUUUAGGACAACCAUUAUUUUAGCAGGUUAGUGCAAUGAUUAUUUGGCGGACCCAAAGUACUUGCCGUAAAAACGAUAUAUAUAGAUUGUAAACCAACCCGGUAACAUUGGCGUUAUCAUGAUUAAGCGGAAAGCUUCCAACUCAAAAACGGAGAAAAUAAGAUCAUAAGAUCAAAUAUGUAGGCCACUAGUAUAUAAGGAGAGACACAUGAACACAAUAAUUUAAUGAUUUUUUUUUUUUUUUGUGAUUUUGGAAAUUUGUAAAGAACAUCAAAUUCACGAGUUCAUUCUGAGAGACAGUAUUAUUUACAGUUAGUCUGUAAAAGUCAAACGACAGAUUAAACUAUACGGUAAUCUCAAACGAAUGUAAUGGAUGUUUGACAUAAUAAACAAAAACACUAUCAUACAGCUGUUUCGUCGUUCUGAUGCCGAGAACAUUUUUAAAAAAAUGUUUUAAAAGUGAGAAUGGGUGAUAAAUGUUCAUGAUUUGUAUAUUUGAUUUUUAAUAUGAUUUUGUAAAACUGUUCUGUAUUGCUCACCCUAGGUGUAGUAUUGUAUUUUUUAACAUUUUAAUAUUUGUUCCCGAUUUAAAAUCGUGUGAUUUUUAUUAAUUAUUUUGUCCUGUAUACUAGUAUGAAAUACUAUGAUUGAUGUUUAAAGUUUGUGUUUAGAUUCAAAUCUUGUGUGUUGAUUUUUAAAGUAAAGCAAAAAUCUGUC